UUUGUCCAUGUUUUAAAAAUUGAGCUAUGCUGAUUUACAAUGGACCACGCACGACGAGAAAUGGAGCAAGCAUUUCAGUAGACUGGUAUGAUCAGUCUCGUGGAAUUAUUUUAUGGACAUUGACAAAUCCUACUUCAAACGCCAUUUCGGUCUCCUUCAAUAGAGGUCAGAAUGAGUUGGGAGUUCCUCCAUAUUUUUUUGGAGACGCCUAUUGGGGUACUUACAUUGUGGAAAAUUCUCUAGCAUUCUUCUUAACGGGAGCCCCCAGUCCCAUGUCUGGAGACUACACUUCGAAACCUAUUCCGUUAGCUCUUUUGUUCACUCCAGUCGGUUUCGGUCUAGCAUUUGUCUUCACAAUCGCUCCGAAAUCUGUCAUUACAGUUGAAGAAGGAGGAUUCACCAACGACAGCGACGGCGAGAUCAACACUGUCGCCCAGAUUUCCAACAUUAUAGAGUCCGUUUACGUAGGAACCUUCGAAAUGUCGGCUAGCUUUAGCGCUUUAUCGAACUGCGAGUUCAUAGCUCCUUGUGCUAAUUCUCCUGCGAAGAGUAAAGUCGCCUGUUUUGUGACUUCCGACGUUCCCAUUUCGUGUUCGAGCUCUGAGGUAGGAACUGAUAUAACAAGUGUGUUUUGGCCCUCCAGUGACGUUUCCUAUGAUUUGUCAACUUUUCAAAAUUUCGAAGAAUAAGGAGCGAAUCAACCAUCCCAAG